AUGAGGAUGAUCCGCGAGAAGAGGAGCCUGAGCUCGAUCGAGCUGAGGAUCGAGCUGAGUCGAGCUGAGGAUCGAGCUGAAGAUCCAGGAGAGUGCGGAUUUGGAUCAAAAGUCUUGGAGAAGAAGGUUUCUGGUUCUUCAAGCAAGAAGAAGAAGUCCAAGGCCCCCACAUUCCUUAGGAGUAGAUCUCUCCUCACCACUCCAAGGAGGCUCCCUGCCCAAGAGCCUCACAGAGCCUCUUCUUUCGAGCCAAGGGAAGGAGAAGACAACACGCAGAGAAGGAGGAAGACUUCCAAGGCCAGACGCUCCAGCUCGACCACCGGACUCGAUCGAGUCCAAACAGAGGAAACUCAACUCGAUCGAGCUGACGGUCGAGCUGACCAGGAGGAGCCCCAGUUCGAGGAUCCGGGAUUUGAAUACGAUCCCAUGCCUUACCAGGAGCCUCCCCGGAGUAGAUGGAACCCCUAUGGACAGUACGAGCUACCAAUGCUCCACCAAGGCCAAGGAAGCCACACCCACUUUGAGGAUGAAGAAGAGGAGGAAGAGGAGCCGCAAGCUCGAUCGAGUGAGCCACAAGACAACCCCAGUUGCAUGGAGCUAAGUUUGGGGGUGCCAACUCGAGCUCGAUCGAGUUGGGUGUCAAAACCAGAAAAGUGGUCUUUUGGAGCAUUCUGGAGCAUAUGGGACAAAGGAGCAUGGAGGGACUUGGCACAUGGAAGCAGCUCAACUGGAUACGCAAAGGAAGAAGGGAGAAGCCAUCUUGAAGACCAGCUCGACCGUCCACUCGACCAACCGGUCGAGUUCCUCAACUCGACCGGCCAAGCUUCAACUCGAUCGAGCUGGAAGUCAAAGUCAAACCCGAAAAAUGUUGCUUCCCCCUUGACUUUCCUUUGA